UAUGGUUAGAUCACAGCGCCGCGAGACGAGCCAACUACGUAGAGGCUCGAGUUGAGGUGAACUGCCACGGUGAGAAAUAACGGACACCGGCUGCCAAAUGACUGUCUGAAAACGGUAGACACCAUGAACUACGUGGGCCAGCUGGCAGGCCAGGUGUUGGUGACUGUGAAGGAGCUGUAUAAGGGCAUCAACCAGGCCACACUGUCAGGCUGCAUCGACGUGGUAGUGGUCAGACAGCCUGACGGGACCUUCCACUGCUCCCCCUUCCACGUACGCUUUGGGAAACUGGGCGUGCUGCGCUCCAAGGAGAAAGUGAUUGACAUUGAGAUCAAUGGAGAACCAGUGGAGCUGCACAUGAAGCUGGGGGACAACGGAGAGUCUUUCUUUGUACAGGAAACCGAGCAGCAUAAUGAGAUAAUCCCUGCCCACCUUGUGACGUCGCCAAUCCCCACAGAGGAGACUCUGUGGAGGGGCAGAGAGUCCAGAGCUGGGGGGUCGGGCCUGGAGGGUGGGCUGCAGCCGCCCCAUGGGGACUCAGAGGAUCCAGCCUCCUCCUCGAUCCCCCUCCUUCCCCCAAGCACCACAGCAGGGAAGAAGAAGAAGAGACGCAGGAGGAAGCACAAAGCAGACCCCCGUAAGGAGGAGCAACAGGCCUCCACUGCUGGUGGUGAGGAGGUCUGUGAGCUGAGCUCAGACGAGGAGCACGGUACACACAACAACGGCAGGGCCUCCUCGUUCUCUACAGUGAAGGACUCAGUGGAACACAGGCAGCACCCUACCCUCCACUCCCUGGACAGCUACCCCUUCUCUGAUGGAGACUGGUCUCCCGGCGACAGCCACAGAUCCCCAAGAUCCCUGUCUGAGCCCAUGUCUCCAAAGAGUGACUCAGAGCUGAUGGUGAAGUCAUCAGAGAGCAUGCUCAGAGCAGAUUCACACAUGCAGUGGUCUUGGGGAGAGUUCCCAGAAUCCACCAGGGUCAGUAAGAAAGAGCGCUCGGAGCUGCCUAAGACGGUGACUAUCACCCCAUCAGAGAGCACCCACUUCAGGGUCAUCCUCAGCUCUGAGGCCAUGGAGGUGGAGGCUGGGGGACUGCACACCUCUCUGGACCCGGUGUGUGGACCUGCCAUCGUCAAACCAGAGCCCCGGACCCUCAAACAAAAUACCCUCCACAGCUCCAAACACCAACCACCCGACCCUCUAUCUGAACCCCAUCAUCCCCCCAAACCCAUUCAUGACCAUUGUCCACCCCAACCUGAACCAUGUCCCCUCAAACCAGAACCAGGUGCUCUAACGUCAGAGCCCAGUCCAGACCUCUGUAUCCUGGCCAAGCCUGAACGGAGGGCCCAUUGGACCACUCCUCCCAGGGUGCUUGAUUCCAGCCAGAGGGACAGUGGCUCUGCUGCCUGUGGGGCCAGUUGCAUGGCCGGGGACCUGGGAUCCAUCGACUCCAAGACUGACUCCCCCUCCAAGAGGAAAGGUGUGAGGAAGAGGAGUCAGCACCAGGGGCCUGAGGAUAUCUACCUGGACGACCUGAACGCUAUGGAACCUGACGUUGUCGCACGCUACUUAGGUCCCAAGAGUGAGUCCGAGACGGUCCCUAAGCACUGGGUGGAGGUUGGCCGGUGCGAUGGGUCCCAGUCUCCCCAGUCUGUGGGUAGUGCAGCGGCCGACAGCGGGACCGAGUGUAUGUCUGACUCGGCUGGGGAUCUACCAGACAUCACCCUGUCUCUCUGUGGAGGGGUCGGAGAGAACUCUGAAAUCUCUAAAGAGAAAUUCAUGGAGCACAUCAUCACAUAUCAUGAAUUUGCUGAAAAUCCAGCAAUCAUCGACAAUCCCAAUUUGGUGGUUAGAAUUUCAAACCGAUAUUACAACUGGACAUUGGCAGCUCCAUUGAUACUAAGUAUGCAAGCUUUCCAGAAGAACCUGCCCAAGGCCACAGAGGAGGCGUGGGUGAAAGAGAAGAUGCCUAAGAAGUCCGGCCGCUGGUGGUUCUGGAGGAAGAGCAGCGUCAAACAGUCUUCAGAGGCCAAGAUGGACAGACAGGAGUCCCAACACAGAGACACAGAGAGCCCUGUCCUAGAUCAACAGAGUCCAGCAGUGCCACAGCAGAAAGCAGUAGAAGACUCCUCCAGUGAUGAAGAAUCGAAAGAGCUCAACACAGUGGCACCUACUGAGCGCGUGCACACAGAGCUACCUGCAUCAACCGGCUCGCACUCCUACAAGAAGUCUCUCCGCCUCUCAUCUGACCAGAUAGUCAGUCUGAAGCUGAGGGAGGGGCCUAAUGACGUCACCUUCAGCAUCACCACCCAGUACCAGGGAACGUGUCGCUGCGAGGGCACCAUCUACCUGUGGAACUGGGAUGACAAAGUCAUCAUCUCUGACAUCGACGGCACCAUCACCAAGUCGGAUGUGUUUGGCCAAAUCCUUCCUCAGCUCGGGAAAGACUGGACUCAUCAAGGCAUCGCUAAGCUCUACCACUCAGUGCAUGAGAAUGGCUACAAAUUCCUGUACUGUUCGGCGCGGGCAAUCGGCAUGGCGGACAUGACCAGAGGGUACCUGCACUGGGUGAAUGACCGGGGAACCAUCCUGCCUCGAGGGCCCCUCAUGCUGUCCCCUAGCAGCCUCUUUUCUGCCUUUCACAGGGAGGUGAUUGAAAAGAAGCCAGAGAAGUUCAAGAUUGAAUGCCUAACAGACAUCAAGAACCUCUUCUACCCAAACACACAUCCCUUCUACGCAGCCUUUGGAAACAGAGCAAAUGAUGUGUUUGCCUACAAGCAAGUGGGUGUACCAGUGUGUCGGAUAUUCACAGUCAACCCCAAAGGAGAGCUCAUCCUAGAGCAAUCGAAAGGCAAUAAGACUUCGUACGGCCGACUGAGUGAACUGGUGGAGCACGUUUUCCCUUUACGCAGUAAGGAACAGAGCGCCACCUUCAGUUUCCCAGAAUUCAGUUCUUUCUGCUUCUGGAGACAGCCAAUCGCUGAAGUCUGUCUUGAGGAGCUGCUCUGAAACAACCAAUCGAUGAAGUGUGUCUUGAGGAGCUGCUCUGAUUCUGAUUGGACAGUUCCCACAGCUGUGGUAUUAUCAGGUAUUAAGGCGAUAACCAACAGACACUUUGGUAUGGUAGAUGCACUUUGUGUCUUUUGGAUGGAAUGAAAUCACUUGAAAUCAACCGCAUUCAUUGAAAUCGAUGUAAGCAAUAUUUGUAUUGCUUAAUAAUUGUAUGGGUCUUUCCAUGAUGAUUGAUUGUACUGCCUUAACUGAUGACUAUACUAUGUGUCUUCUGAUGCUGAAUCAUAUUCCAUUGUUUAGUGCUCCACAGGUUUAAUAGCAUUCAUUGAUAUAUCAAUAAGAACUGCCUCUCAUGAUCAAUUUAGGCAUACAUUCCAAUACAGACUGUACAGCCAUUUUACAAUACAAUGUGAAGAGAAAGAAGACAGGCUUAGUUGUAAGGUUAGUUAGUUAUUUGGCUUGAGUGAAAAUGCACUCCCUAUGUUGGAGUGUUCCGCUGUUUGGGAAGGCCUUACGGUAUAGUGUAUGCAUGCUAUGCUAAGUUUUAACUAAGGGCUCUAUUCAAUCCUUAUCGUGGAAAUUCAGUGUUACAGCGUGAUUGAAAUUUAAAGGCAAUGUUCCCG